UGAUCGUGGAGCCAGCUAGUAUGGCUGAUAAAGACAGUGAACCUUGCGAUUCUUCGGAGCAAGUGUUGGAAGACACUGAUGAGAAGAUGGCUGAUGAAGGUGAAGAGCCCUGUGAUUCUUCAGAACACAUGACAGAAGAUGGCGAUGAGAAGGAGGUUGAAGAAGAUGGCGAGCCUUGUGAUUCCUCAGAACCUGUUGCAGUAGAAAGUGAUGAAAAGGAUGUAACAUCGGCGUCGACAGAGAAUGAUAGUGCGAAGGUCCCUGAAGAGUCUUCUGCAAAUGACACUGACAAAAAGGAGGAAAUGGAAGUUGCUGGUGGUGAGCAACCACAAAAGAAGGCCAAAAAGAAAAAAAGAAGUGCUGUCCCACUAGCUGACAGUGCAUUUAACCAUAAGCUGCUGAAUUUGAUCAAUGCAGCAGCUGGCCGUAGAGAAGUUCUGACAAGCGUUAAAAGAGUAAUAAGGGCUCUUAACCAAGGAAAUGCCGAGCUGGUCAUCAUGUCUGCAAAUGGACCAUACUACGAACCUGUGGAAGAGAUGCCAGAAUUGUGUAAAGAAAAGAAUGUUCCAUACAUUUAUGUAAAGUCAAUGGCAUUACUGGGUGCUGCAUGUAAUGUGGUUUCUGAUACAGGUACUAGGGUGUGUGUUCUCAUCUCCAAGGAUGGCUCUAAACUUAAACACCAGAUCAAAACUUUCAGAAAAAAAUGUGAAAGGCUCCUGGAACAGUCUGCAAAUGUUUAAUUAUAAUAUGUAUACAGCAAUUAUACUGUAAUGCUUUUAUCCAGUGCAGUAUCAAGCAACAUGCAAAUUUAUACAGUUAUGAAACCAAUAAAAAAAAUCCUGUUUAAUUGAAAAUCAUUUCACUGUAGUGACAUUUGUUGUCAUAUACAGUAGUUACAAAUUACUAAAUUUGACAGCAUUAAAUGUGUGCUUAAAGCAACCUUUUCAAUAAAUGUUUGAUUUUAA